AUGACUUGGACGCCACCCAACCCUGCUUCCGUCGGUGCCCCCGCCCUGCGCGUGCCCGAGGACAUUCACACCCACGCCAAGGUGGCCGAAUACAAACCUGUCCAUUUGCAUCUCGACUGGGACAUCGACUGGAAAGCACGCACCAUCUCCGGCCGUGUUUCGCACGUCAUUGAGCUCAUCCAGCCUGGUCUCACCUCCAUCACUCUGGACGCAAGCUACCUCAAGAUCACCUCGGUCCACGUCGAGGGCAAGAAAGUCGACCACAGCCUGGGAACCCAGCGUGGUACACUUGGCGCACCUCUUCAGAUUCCCAUCCCUUCCUCCACGAACAAGAAGGGCGACAAAGUCCACGUCGACAUCGACUACUCCACCACCGAGCACUGCACUGCCCUUGGAUGGCUCACAAAGCAGCAGACCGCCGGCAAGACCAAUCCAUUCCUCUACUCGCAAUGCCAGGCGAUUCACUGCCGCUCCCUCGUGCCCUGCAUCGACUCUCCCUCCCAUAAGAUCACCUACACUGCCACCGUCAACUCGCCCAUCCCUGUCCUCAUGUCUGCUCUCAAGGACGAUUCCAAGCCAGACCAGCCCGGCACCUACCACUUUAAGCAGCCCGUCGGCAUUCCCUCGUACCUCAUCGCCAUCGUGGGCGGUGACCUCGAGUUCCGCAAGCUCGGCGAGCGCACCGGUAUCUGGGCCGAGCCACCCAACGCCGAUGCUGUCCAGUGGGAGUUUGAGGCCGACGCAGAACGCUUCCUCGAGCACGCCGAAAAGGUCAUUUCGCCCUACUCGUGGACCCGCUACGACUCGGUCGUCCUUCCGCCUUCCUUCCCUUACGGAGGCAUGGAGAAUGCAAACCUCACCACUUUGACCCCUUCGCUCGUUUGCGGUGAUCGAAGCUUGACCGACGUCCUGCUGCACGAACUCUGCCAUUCGUGGUCCGGCAACCUCACCUCGUGCGCCAACUGGACCCACUUCUGGCUUAACGAAGGCUGGACCGUCUACCUUGAGCGUCUCUUGCUUCAGGAUGUGCACGGUGCCAAGGAGGGUCCUGCGCACCGCGGCUUCUCGUACAUUAUUGGCUCAAAGGCGCUCAAGGACGCCCUCGAACAGUUCACGGACACUCCUCGCUUCCAGCGUCUCAUGCCCGCCUUCAAGGAUGGUGAGGACCCGGAUGAUGCUUUCAGCUCCAUCCCGUACGAGAAGGGCUCCAACUUCCUCCUGUAUCUCGAGCGCACCGUCGGCGGUCUCGAUAACUUCCUCCCUUACGCCAAGAGCUACUUCCACGCCUUUUACAACCGAUCCGUCACCACGCAGGAGUGGCGCGAGCACCUCUUCAAGUUCUUCGAGGGCAAUGCCGAGGCUACUGAUGCGCUCAACAAGGUCGACUGGGAUGCAUGGCUCCACGGCGAGGGGCUCGAGCUGCCCGUCAAGAUGGAGUACGACACCACGUUGGCAGAGCAGGCCUUCUCGCUCGCCAGCCGAUGGAUCCAGGUGAUUGAUGGACACAACUCGCUCGAGCGCGCUCACUUCACACGUGAGGAUAUCAAAGGAUGGAACGCCAACCAGGUCGUCGUGUUCCUUGAACGUCUACACUCAGGUCCCAAGGUGCCCCUCGCCAUCACGCAGAAGCUGGACGAGGUGUACGAGUUCAGCAAGGCCACCAAUGGGGAAGUGCUGCUGCGCUUCUUCGAGGUUGCACUGGAGGUCAAGGGCGGCAAGUACGCCCAGCAGGCUGCUGAGUGGGUCAAAGGACAGGGCAGGAUGAAGUUCUGCAGGACCGUGUAUCGUGCAUUGAACAAGGUCGAGCCCGAGUUGGCCAAGAAGACGUUCAUCGACAACAAGAGUUUCUAUCAUCCGAUUGCUGCUGCGCAGAUUGAAAAGGAUUUGGGCCUUGUCGAUCCAGCAGCGUCGACGGAUGCGGGGGUGAUUGCGAUCUUUGGAAGUACGGGGACGGGUAAGACGAAGCUGUCGGUGGAGAUCGCACGGGCGAUUGGCGCGGAUGGUGGGCAGAGAUACGGAGGGUAUGCGGGCGCAGAGGUGAUCUCGUGCGACAGCAUGCAGAUCUACAAGGGGCUGGAUAUCAUUACGAACAAGGCGACGGAGGGGGAGAUGCAGGGGGUAGUGCAUCAUUUGAUUGGCUUUGUUGAUCCGGAGGGCGAGGCUGAAGGUGCGAGUUAUGAUGUGACGAGGUUUGUGGCGGAUACGAAUCGGAUAGCGAGAGUUUUACGGGGGGAGGGGAAGGUGCCGAUCGUGUGUGGGGGGACGACGUACUACUUGCAGCAUCUGCUGUUUCCGGGUCGACUGAUCAGCUCGCAGCCCUCGACCGAGGAGGCAAGGGAGGACGCAGUAGAUUUGAGCGCAGACCCGGUGUAUCAGCGGUUGCAAGCAGAGCAGCGCGAGCUACUACAGCAGGUGUCGGUGGGCAGCAGCGCGAAACUCGACCUAGCGGCGAAAGCGACCGCGGACCCAACGCUGGCCAUGCAGCUGUGGCAGCUGCUCGAGCAAGUCGACCCAGUUAUGGCCGCGCGAUGGCACUACCGCGAUGCGCGCAAGGUCGCCAAUUCGCUGCGCGUGUACAAAGAGACCGGCCGCCCGCACUCGCACUGGAUCGCACAACAGGACUUGCAGCACACUCCCUCCACUCCUCCCCGCUCCAGUCACGACGCUGCUGAUGCCGGGGUGAGCAGCUCGCGCAAGCUGCUCUUCUGGCUGUGGUGCGACCCGCCCGUGCUGCGCAAGCGGCUGGACGACCGCGUCGAUGAGAUGGUGCAGCGUGGACUCGAGGCGGAAGUGCGCGAGAUGCGCACGAUCGCCAGGAGCAUGUUGGACGACGUCGUCGAGCGCACCAACAGCUACCAGACGGGCAUCUUUCAGACGAUAGGGUACCGACAGUUUGCAGAGUACCUCGAUCGCCUUGAAGCCCUCAGCUCGUCUUCCCAGGAGGAGGAGCGAGCACAGUGGUUCGGCAAGGCGGUGCAAGACACAAAGACAGCCACGCGCCAGUACGCCAAAUCACAGCUCAAGUGGGUGCAGAACAAGCUGGUGCCAGAAGUGCGACGUGCGCAGGCCGUGUUGGCGCAGAGCGGACAGGUGGAGCUGUACCUGCUCGACGCCACCGACGUUUCCGUAUGGGAUGACAAGGUCUUAACCCCGGCACUGGAUGUCGUCUCGCGUUUCCUCUGCAGCAACCCCCUGCCGCAUCCAACGACGAUCUCCAACCCCACGGCUGCAGCGCAGUACCUCUACUCUGGCCGCACGCCCAACCAGGCCCUCUCGAAACUCGGCUGCGCUGCCGCUGGCGACGACGCGGGAGCAGGUGAGGGCGCGCGCACCAUCCAGGCCAACAUGCUCUACACUUGCCCCGUGUGCUCGUUCGACCCGGCCCACCCCGUGCGCAUCCGCUCCGUGGACAAAGCAGCCCACGAAAAGGGUCGCCACCACCGCAACAACGUCAAGCGCAACAUGUCGCCCCACGAAAAGGAGCAGAGGAUCAGAGACAAGAUCGAAAAUGGCCGGGCGCUCAAGGCGCUCCGAGACCGGUUGAAGGGUCGAGAGCAUAGUGCAGGCGACGGUGAGAAGAAUGUUGCUUAA